AUGGUUCGGCCGCGUGGCAAGUCGAGCACGGGGCGGCACCGGAUCGAGAUGAGCCCCAUAGCGAACAGGAGCAGCCGGCAGGUGACCUUCUCGAAGCGCCGCUCCGGGUUCUUCAAGAAGGGCUCGGAGCUCGCCAUCCUCUGCGGCGCCCGCGUCGUGCUCGUCGUCUUCUCCGAGGUCGGCAACGUCUUCGCCCUCGGCAGCCCCUCCGCGGACGCCGUCCUCGACGGCGGCACCGGCCCUGACGAGGGCGAGCGUGAGGCGUUGGAAGGGAUGUGCCGCGCGAGGGAGGAGGCCGCGGAGCGGGUGGCGGCGGAGACGGCGGGGAUGGACUCGAUCGGGGACAAGGUUGCGCAGGCCCAGGUCGGGAGGAGGUCCUGGUGGGAGGCUGACGUGGAGAUGCUCGGGGAGGCGGAGCUGCCGGAGUUCGCCAGGGCGCUCAAGCGAUUCAGGGACGAUGUGCGCCGCCACGCGGAUAAGCUGCUCUCUGCCCCGCCGGCUGCCGCCGCCGUCGCGGCACCGGCACCGUGUACCACGGCGACGGCAGCCGUGUCGCCGGGCACGCACGGGGAUCCGUCUGCUUCUGAUUCUUGGGCUUACUAG